CAGACUUGCUCCCCGCUUCGCCCUUUCGCCUGGUUUUGGUUCAUUUCCGGUGGGAGUGCCGCGCCCAGUAAGGGCCCGGAAGUGGGUCGCGCGAAGAGUCCUGGGCGGUUCUUUCCGGAAGUGGAGAGCGGCUGUUUGCCGUCUCGAGGUGGUACAUUAUGGCUGACAUGCAAAAUCUGGUAGAAAGAUUGGAGAAAGUAGUGGGUCGUCUGGAGGCAGUAUCCCAGGUCUCUGACAUGCACUGUGCGUACGGAGACAGGCAUCCAAAAGCAGGAGCAUCUCCUUAUGUGCAGGCAUUUGACUUGCUGCUUGCCGGUCCUGUAGCAGAGUACCUGAAGAUCAGUAAAGAGAUUGGGGGAGAUGUACAGAAGCACGCGGAAAUGGUCCACACAGGUCUGAAGUUGGAGCAAGCUCUCUUGGCUACAGCCUCUCAGUGCCAGCAACCGGCAGGUAAUAAGCUUUCUGAAUUGUUGGCACCCAUCUCAGAGCAGAUCCAAGAAGUGAUAACCUUUCGGGAGAAGAACCGAGGCAGCAAGUUGUUCAAUCACCUGUCAGCUGUCAGUGAAAGCAUCCAGGCCCUGGGCUGGGUGGCUAUGGGUCCCACGCCUGGCCCUUAUGUGAAAGAAAUGAAUGAUGCUGCCAUGUUUUAUACAAAUCGAGUCCUCAAGGAGUACAAAGAUGUGGAUAAGAAGCAUGUGGACUGGGUCAAAGCCUACUUGAGUAUAUGGACAGAGCUGCAGGCUUACAUUAAGGAGUAUCAUACAACUGGACUGGCCUGGAGCAAAACAGGCCCUGUGGCAAAAGAACUGAGUGGAUUGCCAUCUGGACCCUCUGCUGGAUCAGGUCCUCCCCCUCCUCCACCAGGUCCGCCUCCCCCCCCAGUCCCCACCAGUUCAUGCUCUGAUGACUCUGCUUCACGCUCAGCACUGUUUGCCCAGAUUAAUCAGGGGGAAAGCAUCACACAUGCUCUGAAACAUGUAUCGGAUGAUAUGAAGACUCACAAGAACCCUGCCCUGAAGGCUCAGAGUGGUCCAGUACGCAGUGGCCCCAAACCAUUUUCUGCACCUAAACCGGGAGUCAGUCCCUCCCUCAAAGCAGCCUCAAAGAAAGAGCCAGCUCUACUUGAACUGGAAGGCAAGAAGUGGAGAGUGGAAAAUCAGGAGAAUGUUUCUAACCUGGUGAUUGAUGAUACGGAGCUGAAACAGGUGGCUUACAUAUACAAGUGUGUCAACACAACAUUGCAAAUCAAGGGCAAAAUUAACUCCAUUACAGUAGAUAACUGUAAGAAACUCGGUCUGGUGUUUGAUGACGUGGUGGGCAUUGUGGAGAUAAUCAAUAGUAGGGAUGUGAAAGUUCAGGUAAUGGGUAAAGUGCCAACCAUUUCCAUCAACAAAACAGAUGGCUGCCAUGCUUACCUGAGCAAGAAUUCCCUGGAUUGUGAGAUAGUCAGUGCCAAAUCUUCUGAGAUGAAUGUCCUUAUUCCUACAGAAGGCGGUGACUUUAACGAGUUCCCAGUCCCUGAGCAGUUCAAGACCCUAUGGAAUGGGCAAAAGUUGGUCACCACAGUGACAGAAAUUGCUGGAUAAGUGAAGUGCCACUGGGUUCUUUGCCCUCUCCCUUCACACCAUGGGAUAAAUCUUUAUCAAGACGGUUCUUUUCUAGAUUUCCUCUACCUUUCUGCUCUUAAAGUGCUUCUCUGCUCUGAGAAGCACAGCUACCUGCCUUCACUGAAAUAUACCUCAGGCUAAGAUUUGGGGUGGGAUAGCAGGUCAGUUGAUCAUCUGCAGGAAAGUAUAGCUUUUCCAUAUCAGCUCAACCACACCACCAGUCUAUUCUUUUGGAAAUGCAGACCAGGAUUAAUGGGUUUUAGCUUUCAGCUUUUGAGGGUUAUUCUAUCAACAGUCUUUUGGGAAGAAUAGAACAGUCUCCAGGAGUUAACUCAUCAGAUUGUUCUUCGCACAGGUUAAUCUUUUUCUAGCAGUGAGCAUGAGGAUAGCAGCAACUGGAGUGAUUCCAGUUGGUUCUUCUAACCAAACUAAUUUUUCACUGUUGAUAAGCGAGACAAAAGUUGCACUGGACCAAAGGCUGAGGCUUGGCCAUCUAGCAUUCCAAGCAAAAUUGUUUCCUAUAAGCAUUCCUUUUAUUUUGCAUUCCAUCCUGGGUCUGCCUGAACCAUGAGAUAGUAGGUUGUCCUGUACCAGCUGUUGUAGCAGUGACCUGCACCCAGGGUAAUUAAAGGAGUCUUUAACCCUUUCUUUCUCUGGUAUCUCUGCCUAGCACCUUCUUACAGAGAUGACUUGAAAAGAGGGGGGUGGGGGGAAGGAAAAUAACACACCAAUCCAAGAAAUCUGGCAUUCCUUUCUCCUCCCAUGCUAGGUGCCUGUCAUCCACCUUCACUGCCUUCUUUUCCCUGUCAUGCUCAGCAGCUUACAGCUUCUGUCCAGGCACCUGAACAGAGAACUAAAACCUCCACUGCAGACUAGUUUUAGAUCUCCAUUUAUGUCAGAGUCUUGCACAGCACUGCUAAUGUAAAUUUCAGUUUUUCCCUCUAGGACAGACACCAAAAUAUGCAGUGUUUUUGGUGGGAGAGAGAUUGUCCUGUGACUUCUACCCAUUCCCUGAGGCCUGUGGAAAUAAACCUUUAUGUACUUUAAAGUUAUACAGAAAUAGAAUAAAGUUAAUACCAAACUUG